AUGGCAAAAUCGUCAGCCUUGUCCUGUCUCCUCUCGUUUCUCUUUGCCUUGCUUGUGAGUUUUGCUUCAGCAACCAAAGAUGAUCAAGACAAACAGGUGUAUAUAGUAUACAUGGGUGCACUUCCUGCUCGUGUUGACUACAUGCCUACGUCUCAUCACACAAGUCUUCUUCAAGAUGUCACCGGAGAGAGUGCGAUUGAGAAUCGACUGGUUAGGAGUUACAAAAGGAGUUUUAACGGAUUCGCAGCCCGGCUCACUGAAUCUGAACGAGAGAUAUUAGCUAGUAUGGAAGAAGUUGUCUCUGUUUUUCCUAGCAAGAAACUGAAGCUCCAAACGACAACGUCUUGGGAUUUCAUGGGUCUCAAACAAGGUAAAGGAUCAAAACGAAACCUUAGCAUCGAGAGUGAUACGAUCAUUGGUGUCAUCGACAGUGGAGUCUACCCUGAAUCCGACAGCUUCAGCGGCAAAGGCUUUGGUCCUCCACCUAAGAAAUGGAAAGGUGUUUGCAAGGGCGGCAAAAACUUCUCUUGCAACAACAAGCUUAUUGGAGCAAGGUACUACACACCCAAAACCGAGGGGCUUCCUGAGUCAGCGAGGGACAACAUGGGACAUGGAUCACACACAGCUUCUACGGCAGCUGGAAACGCUGUGAAGGACGUGAGCUUCUACGGGCUAGGAAACGGAACCGUGAGAGGAGGCGUUCCAGCUGCAAGAAUAGCGGUUUACAAAGUUUGUGAUCCCGGCGACCCAGGUUGCACUACUGAUGGAAUUCUAUCUGCGUUUGAUGAUGCGAUUGCGGACAAAGUGGACCUCAUCACAAUUUCCAUUGGUGGGGAUGACAGUUCGCUCUUCGAGGUGGACACGAUUGCGAUCGGGGCUUUCCAUGCAAUGGCCAAAGGUAUCCUUACUGUGAAUUCGGCUGGAAACAGUGGUCCACAACCUAGUACGCUCUCGAGCGUUGCGCCGUGGAUCUUCACCGUCGCUGCUAGUAAUACGAACCGCGGAUUCGUCACCAAAGUUGUUCUAGGAAAUGGCAAGACUAUUGACGGAAGAUCGAUAAAUUCGUUUGACCUUAAUGGAACAAAGUACCCGCUAGUGUACGGCAAAUCAGCUUCAAGUAGUUGCAGUGCUGCUUCUGCUAGGUUCUGCGCACCAGGAUGUCUAGACAGUAGACUUGUGAAGGGGAAAAUUGUGUUAUGCGAUUCCGCGAAUAAUCCCGAUGAAGCUCAGGCCAUGGGAGCCGUAGCAUCCAUUACUAAGAGCAGCAUUGCAGACGUCGGCUCUAUCUUCUCUUUCCCAGUCUCUGUUCUGUUGGAAGCCGACUAUAACACUGUCAUCUCGUAUAUGAACUCCACAAAAAACCCUAAAGCGACUGUUCUGAAAAGUGAGACAACCUUUAAGCAGACAGCUCCUGUCAUUGCUUCUUACUCUUCUCGUGGACCAAACACAAUCAUUCCUGACAUUUUGAAGCCGGAUAUUACAGCGCCGGGAUCAGAGAUUCUCGCUGCUUAUUCUCCUUAUGCUCCACCGAGCAAAUCAGACACAAGACAUGUAAAGUACUCUGUUCUCACCGGAACUUCAAUGUCUUGUCCUCAUGUUGCUGGUGUUGCCGCCUACAUAAAGACGUUUCACCCUCACUGGUCUCCUUCCAUGAUUAAAUCUGCCAUCAUGACUACCGCUUGGCCAAUGAAUGCAUCUACUACUCCGAUGGCCGAGUUUGCGUACGGAGCAGGCCAUGUGGAUCCGAUAACCGCAAUCCAUCCUGGACUCGUCUAUGAGGCUAAUAAAUCCGACCACAUCACCUUUCUCUGCGGCUUGAACUACAGUGGAAAGAAGUUAAGACUCAUCUCCGGUGAAAGCAGCAAUUGCGCUAAAGAACAGGCUAAAUCUUUACCUAGAAACCUAAACUACCCUUCCAUGACUGCUCAAGUCUCAACGACAAAACCGUUCAAAGUGACUUUCCGUAGAACAGUCACAAACGUCGGUAUGGCUAAUGCUACAUACAAAGCGAAGGUUGUCGGAUCUAAACUCAAGGUCAAGGUUGUUCCCAAUGUCCUGUCUUUUAAGUCGUUGUACGAGAAGAAGUCUUUCACAGUGACCGUUUCAGGCAGAAGUCUCCAUGCUGAAAGCCUUGUCUCUGCCCAUCUGAUCUGGUCUGAUGGCUUCCAUUCUGUGAGAAUCCCCAUUGUUGUCUACGCUUCAUAA